AUGGCGCGCAUCGCUAGCUGCUCUUCAGCGUUGAUUCUUCUCAUUACGUGGAUCACAAGAUGCAACGCAGUGCCACAUUAUUAUGGGGCUACCUGCCACUACGUGGAGAAGAUCAAUUACGACACACAGAUAGACGAACCGUACCUGACUAACACUUUUGACGAUGGAAGCAUCAUAGAGCAUCAGGAGCCGUUCAUCAGGAGAUGUUCUAGUGUACUAAACGCUUACCACCUGUUUUUUGUAGCUCACUGCAUCCCAAAGUGCCUUGAGGAUACAGGUGAAUGCAGCCUUGCCGACAAAGCUUGCAUAAUGACAACAGACGCAUCAUUGGGGGAUGAUGAAAACCAAAAGACAGCACAAGCACCACAAGAGCUGCGGUAUCGGGAGCCUGUUAAAGAAAAACCCGACGAUGUUGAAAACCAAAAGAAACCAUUACAGCAGCUUAAAGAAACGCCCUCUCUGGAGCCUGUUGUUGAAGGACGACCCGACGGCCAUUGCCAUGUUUUCUGCGGCACGUCAGUGAGGACCUUCGACGGCCUGACUUACAGCUUCCCACUACGGUGUCGACAUUUCUUGGCGAGCCUACCCUUGUACAACGUGGAUUUCGUUACCGACUUCCCCUGCGGAAACAAGACGUGCAAGAGUACCGUGUCUAUAUCAUACUCGACAGCGACUGUGGAUUUGCUACCAGAUGGCAUCGUACAUGUGAACAAAAGAAGGGUCAACCUGCCAUUUGUGACAGCAAAUGGUAUCACUAUCUUCAAGGAAGGAGUGUACGUGGUCUGCCGUGCGAUUGACGGUACUAAAGUGUCAUUUGAUGGUAUCAGCGGUGUCGUCGUCGCUGUCAACAAACUUCAUGAGUCAGCAUGGGAAGCAACCGAUGCCUACAGCCUGUGUGGUACCUACGACAACGAUCCCACAAAUGACCUCCGUGGCCACUCUGUCAAAGAAUUUGCUGACGAAAUCCUGGUUCCAGAAGACGGAGUUGUUUGCACAAAGCCAGGAGCAAGCCUCCUUAAUCCGUUUGAUAACCUCAACGCAGUUAACAAGGGUAGAGUCCUGAGGGCCUGUGACGAGUUUGCCACCGACCAGCUAUUCCAGCAUUGCCGGUCCCUGCACAACGUGCAGCCAUUCUACAAUUCCUGCUGGUUCACUCUGUCACUCGCUCUGCUGGAGGGCUCAAGCUUUGAUCAAAGCCUGUGUGAUGUCUUUGUCGAAUACUCAUCGUCAUGCUCGCGGUAUGGCGUACCUGUGGAGUGGAGGUCAACUAACUUCUGUCCUGUUGCUUGUGAUCAUGGCAUGGUAAACACGGAGUGUGGAUCCGCUUGCCCUCAGACCUGCGAGACACUUUUCUUUCAUUCUAAGUGUGGGAAUGAGUGCAUUCCAGGCUGUCAGUGUCCACCAGACACCUACUUUGAUGGCGACGCCUGCGUUGCUAAGGAAAGUUGCCCAUGUCCUCAAGCUGGUGAGAGUUAUCCUUCCGGUGCCUUUAUGAGGGACGGAUGCCGAGAUUGUGUUUGUUUCGAGGGGAAGCUCCAGAAAUGCACGACACACGCCUGUCCUGCCACCUGCACCAUCUUGGGAGGCCGCCAUUUUAGCACGUUUGACGGCAAAAGCUACGAGUACCACAGCAACUGCAAGCACGUGCUCAUCCAAAACGCGCCCGUCGACAGCCCGGCCUUUGGCAUCUUCAUGGCUAAGACGAAGUGUAGCGACGAGGAGUGGCAAUGCAAUGACGUUCCGGAAAUCAUCAUCACAACUCCGGAUGGUACUCAAUAUGAACUUUUGGAAGCUGAUACGGUGACAGUAACUGCCCAUAACGCUGCAGCAGCCCAAGAGCUGAAGUUGCCAUAUUCUCGGACAGCCGACAACAGUACAAUCACCAUCACCCGUCUGUCGUCUGUUUUUACACGGGCGUCCAUGCCAGUGCUUGGUAUAGAACUGAUGUUGGGAAGUGACAACCGCAUCUAUCUCUCAGUAACUGAGAAUUUGUUUGGCAAGGUGGAAGGCCUUUGCGGAACCUACAACAGAAUAACUGCCGACGAUUUCCAAUUACCCAACGGAGUUGUUGCGAGGGUAUCGCACCUCUUUGCUCCCAGAUGGAAGUCAAACUCCCAAUGCAAAAACACCCGAUUCGAGGAGAUUUUGGACUACUGUGAAAAGAAAAACAGCCGCAGAGACGAAGCUGAAAACACCUGCAGUCAAUUGACAACAGAGCCGUUCAAAGACUGUGGCCUUAAGGUCGACCCCAAGGCCUACCUGGAGAUGUGCAGGGACGUCCGUUGCAAGGCCCCUUACUAUAAAGGGACUGAGUGCCUGGCCUUUGCUGCUUACGCUCUGGAGUGUGCUAAAAUGGGUGUUGUUAUUGACUGGACAAGCCAGGAUCUCUGCCCUGUUACGUGUAAGGGUGGAAAGGUGUACAAGGAGUGUGGCUCCGUGUGCAAGGUGUCUUGUCGAGAUCUGGGGAAUAGAGAUGACUGCCAAGAACAGUGUGUCCAGGGAUGCCAAUGCCCCAAUGAUAUGGUAUUCAGCGAACGAUUAGACAAGUGUGUUCCUGUACCAGAAUGCCCAUGUCAUUUCAAUGGACGUGUUCAUGCGCCUGGGACAUCAUGGAAUAAUAUUUGCAACAAAUGCUCCUGCAAAAAUGGUGUUGUUCAGUGUACCGAUAAAAUCUGCACUGCCGCAGGUGAGGAAUGCACGGGAAGCCAGGAGAACAUUGAGUGCGUUGAGUGCCAGCGUGAAUGCCAAAGCCUGCACCUGACCUGCAGUGAGACCGAUUGCACCCCAGGCUGUGGCUGCCCAACUGGUACCGUCCGCACCGCCGACGACCAGUGUAUGCCAGAGAGUGACUGCCCCUGCUACUUUGAUGGGCGAAGCUACGAGGAUCUUGAACCUUUCCGUGUCGACUCAACAUGUCGAGGAUACGGAGAACCCCAUUACAUGACAUAUGAUGAUCGGCAUUACGAGUUUCAGGGUGAUUGUAACUACGUCUUUACAACGGACGAAUGUGGCAUUGCUGGUAGAAAAAGUAUCUUCAGUGUAGUCGUGGAGAAUGUUCCCUGUGGUGCAGGCCAGGUGGCCUGCACCAAGUCCGUCCUGUUCACCCUGCUUGAUUUGCAAAUAUCCAUGGUGAGGGGCUCAGAUAUUGUCAUCACCCCUGCACCACCUGCACCAACAGAAGCCAAGUACAGCAUAUUGCACUCCGGCAUCUUUUUCAUCAUCAAUACCAAGCACGGGAUCACAGUGGUAUGGGAUUUUGGCAUGUCAGUCUACGUCACAUUGGACGGCACCUUCAAAGGCCAAGUCUGCGGCCUGUGCGGCGAUUUUGACAAAAAUGCUCAGAACGACUUCCGUACCCGGACUGGCGAGUUGGAGGCCACGGCUAACGCCUUUGGCCACAGCUGGAAGACUAUCGAGAGCUGCCCUCUACCCCCGGCUCCAGUCCACCCUUGUGAUUUGAACCCCGAGCGACGUGAAUGGGCGGAGAGUGCUUGCAGCAUCAUCACCGAAUCUGGCUUUGCGUCCUGCCAUGAUUAUGCUGACCCUAAACCCUUCUACGACAACUGUGUCUUCGAUAGCUGUGGCUGUAACCGUGGGGGUGAUUGCGAAUGUAUGUGUACUGCCGUCAGUAAUUACGCAGCUGUUUGCGCCAUCUUGAAUGCACCAGUGCCAUGGCGAUCCGAUGGCAACUGUGGAUUGCAGUGUGACAAUGGCAUGGAGUACCAAGCCUGCGGGAAGGUAUGUCCUGAUAAAUGCUACGAAACCCCCCAGGAGGAAGAUAAUGGUUGUGAAAUGCAUUGCGUGGAGGGCUGCCACUGCCCCGAAGGCACCAAGCUGUGGAAGGGCGAGUGUGUGGAUGACAUCCAGUGCCCAUGCAUGUACAACAACCAAGAGGUAGAGCCAGGAUUCGUUAUCAUCGAGGACUGUAGGAGAUGCGAAUGCAUUGGGGGCAACAUAACAUGCAGCGGCUCUUCAUGCACAACUCCACUUUGCCAGUAUCCAUUCCUGACGGAUCCAGACGGGCAGACUGCACGAAAUAUUUCAUUCUUGAAGGAGCUUAAACCAGAGCUGGUUUGGGUCAACAAUGACACAUCACUAGGGUUACUCAAUGGAAAACCGUAUAACUUUACUGCAGACAUUGGUGUAGUUCAAGUGCAGUUUAAUGAGCUUCGUAGAGUGACAGCUAUAACUGUUUAUGGAGAUGAACAACCAGAGGACACCGAGUCAGCGGGUAGCAAUGUAGAUGAACAACCAGAGAACUCAGCGAUAGUAGUGUACAGAAAUACUGUCUCUAAUGAAGACAUAAUUGUGACGCCCUCGAGUGGAGCUGAGAGGUUUACAGUGGAUUGGGAGGCACCAACAGUUCAAAAGUUCAAAGACAGUGUGGUUGCGGAUGAAAUACGUUUGAUUAUCUAUGACUACGGACGUGGCAUUCCCUACCGCGUUGAAGUUUAUGGAUGCCCGCUCAUCCCUUCAACAACAGUAGCCGUGACAACAACUGCAGAGCCACCAUCUGCCCCACAAGCUUGUCCUCUUGGCCUUGAGCUAGUUGCUGAAUGCAAGGAUUGUCGAGAUCGAGUAUGUCAUGAUGGCAACUGCUACGAAGUUGUAAUAGCGAAACCACUGGAGAAAUGCUGCGAGUGCUCUCAUGGAGCAGUGUUUAAUGGGUCCGAAUGUGUUCAUCCGAAGCAUUGUCAGUGUGUCGACGCAAGCGGUAAACUCAGACAGGUAGGAGAGUUGACUAUUGUGACCAGUUCCUACCAAAUGAGUUAA